AUGUUACAGAGUGAAACCCCAGUUGUAUUUGGAAUUAAGACAUCCCGUGAGGCCCGAGGGCAGGAAGGUACAGCAGGAUCUGAAACAGGCUCCAAGUCCAGGAAGCUGCAUGGUGAAGAUGCUGUUGAAACGUGGGAUUCAGGUGGGGGUGUCAAUGCAGGGGAGAAAGAUAAUGCUGCAUCAGUGACAACUUGUGAUGUACAUGCAGUAGGUGUGUCAGCUGUGGAGAUUGGUGAGCUAAUUGCAUCAUCCAUUGAGAUUGGAGAGUUAGUUGCAUCAGAGGUCAGAGUUGAGACACGGGACCUAUACGUUGGUACAGCAGUGACAACUGGAGACCUAGCAGAAAGAUCAGCUGUUGAUAGUGGUGAGCUAGUUGCGUCAGCUGUUAAAAUUGGUGAGAUAGUUGCAUCACCUGUUGAAAUGGGUGAGAUAGUUGCAUCAGCCGUUGAAAUGGGUGAGAUAGUUGAAUCAGCUGUUGAAAUGGGUGAGAUAGUUGCAUCAGCCGUUGAGAUUGGAGAGUUAGUUGCAUCAGAGGUCAGAGUUGAGACACGGGACCUAUACGUUGGUACAGCAGUGACAACUGGAGACCUAGCAGAAAGAUCGGCUGUUGAUAGUGGUGAGCUACAUGUAGUUGCGUCAGCUGUUAAAAUGGGUGAGAUAGUUGCAUCACCUGUUGAAAUGGGUGAGAUAGUUGCAUCAGCCGUUGAAAUGGGUGAGCUAUUUGCGUCAGCUGUUGAAAUGGGUGAGAUAGUUGCAUCAGCCGUUGAGAAUGAUGGUGUAUACAGAGGAACUAAACUAGUCAAUCUGAAGCAGAUAUCAGAUGAUGCAGUCAAAAUCUGCAAGAAACGGGACUUCAUCGUAGAGAAAGUCUUUGUAGUACGUCAUCUAGGAUCAGCUGAUGUUUCUAAUAAUGGUGAUAGGUCAUCACCGGUAGCUAAACGUCCAUGCUACUCACUCACGACUGAAUACCAUGAAGGGCGUGAUUUAUGGUGGCAUGAUGUGAUGGAAGGAGCCAGUGAUAAAUGUGAACCAGUUUGGCUGGAGGUAGAGGAACCGCUAUUUAUGUUAUACACAAGCGGUUCCACCGGUACCCCUAAAGGAGUGGUCCACACCCAGAUCGGCUACCUACUCUAUGCUGCUACAACCUUCAAGUAUUCAUUUGAUCAUCACAAGGAAGACAUCUAUUGGUGUACUGCUGAUAUCGGUUGGAUAACGGGUCAUUCCUACGUAUGUUACGGACCCAUGGCCAAUGCAGCUACCAGUGUAAUGUAUGAAGGAGCACCUCUGUACCCUGAUGAGUCCCGGUGUUGGCAGAUCGUAGAUAAAUACAACGUGACCAUCCUAUACACAGCACCUACGCUCAUACGAACACUCAUGAAAUAUGGCGAAGCACCUGUUAAAAAGUACAGUCGUAAGUCACUACGUGUUCUUGCAACGGUGGGAGAACCCAUUAAUCCAGAGGCUUGGCUCUUCUAUUACAACGUCAUAGGGGAUGGAAGGUGCUCUAUAUCAGAUACGUUCUGGCAGACAGAAACGGGAGGUCACACAUUAACCCCUCUCCCAGGAGCUACACCAAUGAAACCUGGUUCAGCAACAUUCCCAUUCUUUGGUAUCGCACCUGCUGUAGUGAAUGAGCAGGGUGAGGAGCUAGAAGGAGUAUGUGAAGGAUACCUCGUAUUCAAGCAGCCUUGGCCUGGCGUAAUGCGUACUGUGUAUGGUGAUCAUGAACGCUAUGAGAGGACGUACUUCAGGCAAUUCCCUGGUUACUACAAGACUGGCGAUGGUUGCAAACGAGACAAGGAUGGAUAUUACUGGAUCACCGGUCGUAUAGAUGAUAUGUUCAAUGUAUCGGGUCAUUUAUUAAGUACUGCUGAGAUAGAAUCUGCGAUAAUAGAGCAUUCUAAAGUAGCGGAAGCAGCCGCAGUAGCUUACCGACAUCCAACCAAAGGAGAGGCUUGCUACUGCUUUGUUACUCUUGUCGAAGGUGCAGAAUUUGAUGAUGCGCUUAUACUGGAACUCAAAAAGCAAGUUCGAACCAAGAUAGGUCCUUUUGCAGCUCCUGAAGUAGUGCACAACGCUCCCGGCCUUCCCAAGACACGCUCAGGUAAAAUCAUGCGACGAAUCCUUCGUAAGAUCGCCGUCAACGACCACGACCUCGGGGACGUCUCAACCAUGGCAGACUCUACGGUCGUCGACAUCCUCUUCAAGAACCGUCCUCAAGAACUUCUAGGUUAAUUCUUGCACAACUCAAUAAGGCUGAAACAAAGUCUUGCAAUGUCUAUUUUAUCUUUCUGGGAUCCGUAGCAUAGAGGUUUGCAAUCAAUCGCUUCAUCAAAAUGCUAAUAACCAAUCAAGAUCAUUGUUGCAUGAGCACUUUGUUCAAUCAACUGACCAGGGACCAAUCAGAGUGGUUCUUUCAUUUUUGCAAUUCAUGGCAAACCUUUAUGUUGCCGGGCCCAGACUCAUUUCUGUUUUGUAUUCUCAUAUUAUCAACAUCUUCUUUCUUCUUUGUCUCAUCUUUCAUCUGGAUACAUGCCACUCUCUCCUAAUAUAGAAAAAUAUAUAUUUUGUAAAAGAAGAACAAAAUUUAUUCCAGGUCUGAUAUCAUGAUGUAGAGAAGUGUGCAUAAUGUUUAGUACUCGGCUUGAAGCAGUAACCACUGUGAUCACUGUUACUAUUUCUACAUGUAUACAUGUAGCUAGCUCCCUUCUCUGGACUGAUCAACAUUCCACAAUAAAAAAAAGCACUGAUGACUAUUAAUAGACCACAUAGCUGCUCUUAUCAUUAAUGAUCUCUGCCAAACGCCUAAUAUCCUAAGUAUUCAAAGUAAUGUUUUUAUUCUGUAAUAACUGAUAUAUUUUAGCAUUGGCUCAGUUUUGGCUGUUAUUAUUACCACAUGAAUGUCACUUCUGUUCGUGGGAAUUAAUACCCUCCGUCAUAUUUUUUGCAUAUUUUUGUAUAUUUUUUUUGUGUACAAUCGGGUCUAUUCUAUUCAUGUUUAAUUCCUGGACUUUGUUAUCAGUUGUUAGGGGCGUCCUUGUUAGAAUUAGUAUUCUGGGCCCAUUUAAAAGAGGUUUCCAGCAUUUAAAUAAAUAAUACACUUCAAUGAAAUAUUUAUUUGAUUGGCUGAUGUAAUACUAUCGUGGCAAAGGUUAGUGAAUGACAAGUACUAUCAAACUUGCCCUCUUGUUUCUCUUUUACUUUAUCCCACCACUUUUUGACCCUUGCCCUUUUACUUGUACAAUCCACUCUUGUUGUUAUUAAAGGAGAAUGAAACUCUUGGGGCAAGUUAGCUUUUGUGAAAGCAGAAAAAUCAAAGCAUAAGAUCAACGAAAGUUUGAGUAAAAUAGGACUAGCAAUAGAAGAGUUAUGAGCAUUUGAAUGUCGAAAUCACUAAUGCUAUGGAGAUCCUCCCAUUGGCAACGCAACCAAGAUCUAUGAUAUCACAGAUGAACAACUCUCCCCUUUUGGACACUGAAAAUAUACCCCAAAACAUCUCUUUUUGCUCAUUCUAAUCAUAUGACGAACGAUUCAUCAAUGAUAUAAUGUUGUGAAACCUCUGUACUUGUCCUAUCAUAAAGAGAACACCUCACCUUGUGAUAGAUUCUAUAAAAGUGAGAAUAUAAGUGAAAUAAGUACUAAAGCAAUGAGGGAGUUGUACGUGCGUGACAUCACAGAUCUUGGUCGCAUUGCCAAUGGGAGGAUCUACAUGGCAUUAGUGAUCUCAAUAUUCAAAUGCUCAUAACUUUCUUAUUAUUCAUUCAAUCUUCCUCAAACUUUCAACAAUAUGUUUCUUUGACUUUUCUCUUUGAUAUGGAUUCAGAUGGUUUCAAGGGUUUCAUUCUCCUUUAACAUUUAUUCAGCUGAUAUAACUGUAUGCCAAAGGACCCCUUGUGGAUCAUAGAUUAUUGAGUCUUUCAGAAGUGGGAACUUAAUUUGCGCAUAGCCGAAUAGGCUUAAGAUCGCUCUUUGAUCCCUUCUAAUAAUCACAUUCAGAAUAUGUUUCCAUAUAGUUGUUUGUUUUUAUACAGAAAACCCUCUUUGUUAUUUUGUUAAAUUUAUAAGCUGAAUGGGUGAAUGGGUGUAAAUUUGUGGAAAGGAUCAUUCAUGACUAAUGACUUAGAAAUAGAUUUUGAUGAAAAUUGAUUUGUGGUAUAAAUUAUUUACCCACGUUUGUUUAUUCAAUCAAAUUUAACUCAUUUGUGUUAUUAAUGUACCCUAUUGCAUUUAAACAUUCACUAGAUUGUAUCAUUCCACCCAAGUAGGAUUAAUUUACUUAUUUUUGUUAUGUCAUGUCAAACAUGCUAUGAUCAUUUCAUAUCCAUCUAAGAAAGAUCAUGUCUACAUCACAUCUUUCUAAAAGGAAGUCAUAUCUCAACUAAAUGGC